GUCCCCGCCGAGUCCUGCGUAGUCACCGACCGUCACCCCGACCCUAAACCCCCCACCUCCCUCCAUUAGCCCAUCGCCGACAGCAGACCACCACACCGCGAAACCACGAUGGCGAACCGACAACUUGCUAGAGACAUGCAAGUCGAGUUUCAAGCCCGCUUCAACGCCAAGCAAGCACGACGUGAAUCACAGAAGGCUUCCAAACAAGACAAUGAGUUGAAGAAGCAGAUCCAGAAUCUUCUUAAAAAGGGCGAAACCGCGCAAGCCGCCCAAAAAGCCCGCAUGCUGCUCGCCAAACAAGCCAUCGCCCAACAAAUGGACCAAGCCGCUGACAUGGCCGAGCUCAGCGUCGCCCAGAUACAGGCCAACAACGCCAUGAACCGCAUGACGUACAUGAUGGCCCAGUCAUCCAAGACCAUGUCGCGGGCCCAGCGCAGCGUGAACCCCGAGAAGACGCUCCUGACGCUGGAGCAGUACAAGCAGCAGAACGAGGAGUACGCCAUGAGCAACGGCAUCUACACGGACGCCAUGACGCAGAGCACCAGCGUGCAGGUGAGCGACGAUGCCGUGCACGAACUGCUCGGCAAACUAGCAGACGACGCCGGACUGGAGCUGGGGCAGGAACUGAAUAAGGCCAGCGCCAGCAAGGUUGAUCCGAACGCUGCUGCCCAGCAGGCGGUGAGCCAGACGGCCGAGCCGACUCCGGAAGAGGAAGAUGCUUUGCAACAGCGUUUGCGGGCUUUGCGGGCUUAAGCCGGGGUCAAGCACUGAAACUCUCGGGCCGUUUUUCUUUUUCUUAGCUUUUUCGGGAGAAGAAAGAGCGAAGAAAAGAGAAGAACUGGAGAGGUUGGAUGAAUCGGGAGAGGCGGUUUAGGUGGGUCGUCCCGCUGUCGGGAUACGUGGGGCGAGGUGGGAUCGGCUACUCGGCGGAGGCUCCAAAGGGCGGUGAAGCCGGGAUGGUUCGAUUUCGAAAACGCAUGCCGGGUCGACGAAGAGAUAUGUACGACUACGUACAACGGGCAUGAUGACGCAAAAGACCACUACGAAGAACAACUCAGA